AUGACUGAGCUCUUGCAAGUCGACGGCCCCAAGGUGUGGCUCGUGACCGCCUGCUCCUCCGGCUUCAGCAAGGAGAUCGUCCUCGCGGCGCUCGCGCGCGGAGACCGCGUGAUCGCUACGGCUCGUGACGCCAGCAAGCUCAAGGACCUCGUGGACCAAGGAGCGCGCGCGUUGGCGCUGGACGUGACGGCCAGCGAUGCGGAGCUCAAGAAGGUGAUCGACCACGCCCUGAGCUUCUACGGCACCAUCGACAUCCUCGUCAACAACGCCGCGUUCUUGCUUGGCGGAGCCAUCGAGGAGUGCACGGACGAAGAAGCGUACCAGCAGUUCAACACGAACGUCUUCGGUACGUUGCGGAUGCUGCGUGCUGUCCUGCCUCACAUGCGUGAGAAGCGCUCGGGUGUGGUGGCCAACAUCGGCUCGGCCAGCGGCUGGUUCGGCAUCAAGACCAUGGGCGUGUACGGCUCGACCAAGUUCGCUCUCGCGGGGCUGACGCUGGCCUUGAGAGAGGAGCUCGCGAUGUUCGGCAUCGACGUGACCAUCAUUGAGCCCGGUUCGUUCCGCACCGCCAUGCUGGGCAAGGGCUUCUCGGCCAUGAAGAACUCCAUCCCGGACUACCUGCCGAUCACGGAGGCGCUGCACAACCGCAUCAACAGCGUCAACGCGGAACAAUCGGAGGCCAAGCAGCCUGGAGAUCCGGCCAAGGGGGCUCAAGUCAUCGUCGAGGUCCUCACGAAGAGCGGCCGGUGCGCGGGCAAGACCAUCCCCAGUCGCAUGCUGCUGGGCAACGACGCCGUGAAGAUCGGAGACGGAGUGCUACAACAAAACCGCCGCGAGUUCGAGGCGUGGGCCGAUUUGGCCGCGUCCACGGACCACGACGACGUUGUGCUGCAGGCCAGACUAUAA